UGUGCGUUAUUUUGGGCUGUACCGAGAUAAAUUGAAAAAUUUGCUAGUGUUUCAGGAUCUAAGGUUGAGUCGCUAGCUGAAAGCGACUGUUGUUACGCGCGAGAUUCCAGCGUGCAAGCGAAGGGCAUCCAGCCACAUUCUCAUGACGGUGCGUACAAUAUAAGGGGCGGUUUAGUGUCUGCACUGCUCAAACCAUGCACAGCUCGUCUACUCAGUCUCUCUCAGCGUGUCGUGAAAUGAAUCAUUUCAAACUUUUGCUGUUUUUAACGCUGCUGUAUCCGCCGUAUCGAACGGUCGCUGAUAAACGAUCUCUAGAAAUAGACGAUUUAAAAAGUGACUUACUCAACUUAUUAGAAGUGAAAGAAAAGCCUGCGAUUUCUAGAAGUAGGUGGCAAGUACCGAGAUAUGUAAUUGAGUUGUAUCGAAAGCAGGCUUUCAUCGAUGGCUUCACGAAGAACGGGCAUUCUACACCGGGAAGGACUGUCCGUACCUUCUUCCGAGACGAACAGGACAAAAAGGGGCCCCACAAGCACCUAUUCACUUUCAAUAUUUCCGCUAUGCGACCAGCUGAGAAAGUGGAACACGCGGAAAUUAGGAUUUUUAAGCGGAGGUCGAGCCUACCGAAUCCUCGUGCACUAUACAAGGUUACAGUGUCUCGCCUGACAAAGCCUUGGAGUUCCGUAAACAAAAGAUGGAAAAGAAAAUUGGUGGCGUUGGAUGUCCAAUUGGUUAAAUGCAGGAAAGUGGGGGAGUGGAUAACCUUUAACGUAACAUCUGCUGUCAAAUUUUGGUCCAAGUAUCCGAGUAAGAAUUACGGCCUAUGGGUGUCUGUUCGCUCAUAUCAGGCACCGCCGUCUGACUUCAAGAUCGCUACCGGCGGUCGAAAGGAUCCUAUUCUUGUGGAAUUUGGCGUCGAUCGGGAAAAGCUUCAAAAAGCGCAGAUGGCUGAAAUACAGGAUGAGCUUCAAGAAAAGAAACAUGCCUUGAAUUAUAAAGUACCGAACGUGGACGACCUUAGUCGUGAUAAUAGCAAAAUUAUCAUGGCCUCUCGGACGAGGAGCCGAAGGGACGUGGCGGACAACUUGUGUCGUCGCCACAGAUUGUUCGUAAAGUUCCAGGAGUUGAAUUGGAGCGACUGGAUUCUCGCACCUCGUGGGUUUAGCGCCUAUUACUGCACAGGGACUUGUCCUGAAGUCAUAGAACAAUACUUCAAUCCGACAAAUCACGCAAUUAUCCAGAACUUGUUGCAUCAUCGGUACAGUAAAUCUGUCCCUGCGGCAUGCUGUGUGCCGACAAGACUUCAUUCUAUCAGUAUGUUGUACUUUGAGCUGGAUGGCAGCAUAGUUCUUAAGGAGUACGGGGAGAUGGUAGCAGCUUCUUGUGGCUGUAGGUAGAGACAUCAUAGACAAUCACUAAUGACUGGCCAAAUCCCUCCGUCGCACGCACCAAGUCUAUAGUUGAACUAUUAUACCAUUUACGGGGUUAAGGGAGUCUAAAUUUUAUUUAUAUCAUGUCUUUUCGACGGGGUGAAAACUUGGGUAAUAUUUAGAGUAAAACUCACUGCUUAUUGUUGUGACGUUUAGAUUUGAAUGAUAGUCUGGCAAAGCCAUUUAUACAUAUGAUAGAAAGAUAUAGAAAAAAUUUAUUUGAUUCCGCUGUUCGCGGAGUUAAGAAACAAAAGCAGUAGUUUAUGCAAAGCUUCUAGUGAAGUUCCUUUGACUUGAACUUCGUUGAAGAUAAUUAAACCAUUAAAACAAUUUCAAUUAUUA